AUGCCCAUUGUAUUGAGGGAUAGGAGGAGGUUGGGUGGGGAGCUCGUCUAUCGAGGGGGUGGGCGUGAGACUCGGGACGAGAGAAUGGACUGCUAUUAUACGGAGGUUGUAAGGGAGGAAGGGCCCUUGAAGGGUUGGGUUGAUUGGGCUGUUCGAUCGGCCAAGCAGGACCAGGUCCUAACCUUGGUCGCUUUGGAUCUGGUUGACCAUUGUCCAUCAUUGCGAUUUCAUACAAAAGUUAAGUGGCCACAACAGCUAGGGCCAUGGACUGCGGUCGAGCGCGGCGGCUUCUUACAGGUUCGAGGAGAACACAGAGGCGUAAUAGAGCUCAGUGGAGAAUCAUCUGCGCAGAGUGAAGGAUCUGCAAUGAUAUUUUUUGGGUCACUUUCCAAGUUGAUUUGGAAAUAUUUAUGA